AUGCAAUACGAACAAGGAAGCGAAAAAGUGAAUAUGAUAGGUGCUCCUAGCAUCACACCUGUUUCUAAACCAUUACCAGUGACUCACGAUCGUGAAGUACAACGAGCUCGUAGAGUCCUUCUGAUUAUACUUGGCGUGUGUCUCUUUGCUUGGCUGGGCAUAAUUUCACUUAUUGUUCUUGCUAUUACAAUUAUUGUUUUCUUAUUUAUUGGUGUUGCAGCUGUAACUGCCGGAAGCACAAAUGAUGAUCAUAUGAGCAAAGCUCUUAUGAUUGGUGCAUCAUUACUAUUCUUCAUCGUUGCUGUUGUUGUAAUAGUUGCUUUUAUUCUUACAAUUGUUAUUGUAAAAUUUGCUUUCAAAUUGGCCAGACUUAUUGAUGCCAAGCAAACUAUAGCCAUUCAACGAAGCUAA